UUCCUUCAUAUAUUUUUCCAUGCUGUUUUUAUUACUCUAAGAACUGAACUUACAGUGGACCACAAACAGGCACAUUUGGAACACAAUGCCGAUAACAGUGCCCCUAAACAGCACUGACUACGAACUAUUUCAACCAACAGAUACCUUGACCAUCCAAUCUUUACCACGUUGCGCCAACAGCCUACCCACCUCCUUGGCACUGCUAGAUGUUUCAAUGGCCUCUAAGCCAGUGACCAUCAAGGAGGGUCAGAAUUCAGCCUCCAGUAACUCUGAAGGCAAUAUUAGCGAAUCUGGCACCAAGGCCCACCGCUUCCAAUGGCGCAGCCUGCUCGACCCAGAGUUCUACCCCGAGAUCACUGUUCGACGCACUGUGUCUUUUGUUAUCUGGACGGUUCCGCACAUCAUUCUGACCGCAUACCAUGGAGCUGACAAGAGCAGUAUACUAGCCGCGAGGAUGAACAACGCCUCGAUUCACUGUAUGCUGUUCGAUGUUGCAUGCAUUAUGAUUUUCAUGUCGCCUACAUUCUUGAUGCUGCUACAGCAUACCUUCUUGCCUCGGUUCAUCAAAUUCGAAAAGAACAUCCAUGCCCACAAGGUCGCCGCAUACACAAUGCUGUUUUGGUCAGCAGUGCACAUUGGUAUAUGGUACCAGCGCUAUAUCGAUGAGACAAAACCUAAAGUCAAGCUGGGCAAGAUGGCCCCAGGAGUUCCUUUGUACAACCCCCUCUUUAUUACGAAGACCGGCUGGACCGGGCAUGUCUUGAUGUUCAGCCUCUUCUUCAUCUCUAUCAUGUCUGUCAGAGUCAUCCGCAAGCGCCAGUUCGAGCUGUUCUAUUAUGUGCACCACCUGUUCCUGGUGACAUUCGUAUUCCUCUUUCUCCAUCAUGACAACCAUCUCGCGUAUAAGUACAUUGCUGGCCCACUCGCUUUGUAUGUCCUUGACCGCCUCUACCGCAACCUUCGCAGCAUCAUCGGCAAGUCACCCAUUCACGCUGUGGUUCAGCACCCAUCUGGUGUGGUCGAAAUUCAGAUGGAGAAGAAGAUCAUUGGCUUCCGCCCUGGCCAGUAUGUCAAGGUCUAUUGCCCCUCGGUUUCGAUGCUGCAGUGGCACCCUCUGACAAUCUCCAGCGCACCCGAGGAGGAGCUUCUCACUAUCCACUUCCGUCUCGAAGGUACUUGGACUCGCAACCUGGCCAAGCGUCUCGGCUGCAACUUUGGUAACGAUGCUCGUGGUUCUAGUAUGCAGAGUAUCGUUUCCAAGGCCAACAGGGUUAAAGGAAUCAAGUUUGCAAAGACAGAGAGACCGCGUCCCACGUCGCAACACCUCGAUGUUCCCUACCACCCGCUGCACCACGAUCCUACAACUGCCCCGAUGUAUUCGAAUGCCGGCGGCAACAGUUCGUAUGUGGGCAUCGACAUAGUUGCUAAGGGUGGUACCAAGUCCAUCCGUAACAGCAUGGUACUGUGUGCUGAUGAAAAGGAGGUGGCCAAGAUCUCUAUGCACAAGAUAGACCAGAUAAAUGGCAACAGCGUAUCAGCCUCGGCAAAAAUUGAAGAAGGCAACAUGGCCAUCAAGAUGGGUCGUGAAAUGCCGUUACUGUACAUCGACGGUCCAUACACUGGACCAAUGGAACACUUUUUCAACUACGAGGUCGGUGUGCUCAUCGCCGCUGGUAUCGGAGUCACCCCCGCCGCAUCGGUCCUCCGCAGCGUGUACUUCCAGUGGAUCCGCGACCGAUACGCAAUGAACACGAAGAAAGUCUACCUGUUCUGGGUAUACCGCGACAUCGGUACACUGGAGUGGUUCAAGGACCUUCUGGUGGCUCUUGAUGAGGAAGGACUGAGCUCAAUCGUCCAGGUGCGCACAUACUUCACUGGAAAAAUCCCGGAGACACGGAUCCCGCAGCUUACGCCCCCUGACGACAAGUUCGGCAACCAGGUCAUCAACACGUCGAUUGGAACUAGCUCGUAUAUUGGACGUCCCGACUUCAGCGAGAUCUUUGAGUCGAUUGGUGAGCUUUACCCCGGACAACGCAUUGGUACAUUCUUCUGUGGACCAAAGCUCAUGGCACGCAAGGUCAGGCGCGAGGCACACAAGUGGGAUAGCAUUCUGCGCAAGCAGAGCAACACCAAGAUUGACUUCCGUAACGAAACAUUUUCUUGA